AUGAUCAAAUUUCUACUCGUAGUGAAUCGACAAGGGAAAGUUCGCCUUCACAAAUGGUACACCUCUCACUCAUUAAAAGAACGUGAACGUAUAAUUCGUGAAGUUUCAAAUUUGAUCUUAAAACGCACCACCACCGUCUCAAAUUUUGCGGAGUGGAGAGAUUCCACUUUGGUUUAUCGAAGAUACGCAAAUUUGUACUUUGUGACGUGUGUGGACAAGACGGACAACGAACUUCUAGCUUUAGAAACUAUUCAUAGAUACGUUGUAAUCCUUGACAAGUACUUCGGAUCAGUCUCGGAAAUCGAUAUCAUUUUCGACUUCGCUCGCGCGUACGUCGUCUUGGACGAAGUUAUUAAUGCAGGUGAACUGAUCGAGGCGGGCCCACAAAUCGUGUUGAACGAAAUCGAACAACAAGACGAACUCCAUCGUUCCGACUUAGCUAAGAGAUAA